UUUAAUAUAGUGGAUGAUAAUAGUAUUUCAAAUUGUCGAAAUUAUGGGGACAAAGAACCAAAACGUAGAUUCUUACUAAGCAAGGAAGUCUAAGUAUCUUCAAGAUCUGCAAGAAAGAGAAAGUAGAAAGUUACAAAAAAGAAAAAGAGCUAAGUAGAGGAUAGAGUCGCGAGGAUGCCGUCCGUUUCGCCCGUGAGCAAAUGGGGCGAAUCGCGGCAGCUCGCGGCCGGCACUGGCAUUCUCGACUCUCCCAAGAGUGGUCCAGCCAAGCAACCGUCUGAGCAAACUGGUGCUCUCGUCAGUCCUUACAUGGUCGAAAAAGACACAGGUAUCGCGAAAGACGAUUUGCAAGUGUUGACGCGUGGUGGCCAGACUAAGUUCCCGACUACCCAGUUAAGGCUGCUCGCAAUAUUGAUUCAUCUUGUCGUUCACAGACUAUAAUAUUAACUUGCCUAAAUUUUGCCAUAUCAAAGAGCUCUUUCACUUUCAACCUUGUUAGAUUGUGAGGCUAAAAAAAGUGGAAAUUAUACACAAGAUGAAUUAUUUUGAGCACCGCUAACCCAUGAAUUGGAGAAUUUCAGACCGUUUGCACAUUAUUUUCAUCCGCAGAGGUAUGGGGUGCAGAAAUGGCGGUUGUUCAAAAUUCGGAUACCGCUGAAAUUGCAGAAGCAAUUGCACCACUUCCUGGACGAGGAACCCUCGAUUGCAGAAGGCAUUUCCUACUGGGGUGCGAGGAUGGUUUUCUCCUUCGGAGCACCGAAAAACCUGAUGCUAUGUACUUCUUGUGAUUUUAGUAAGUACUUACUUGUAAAUGUCUUUUAAUUCAUCACUGACUGGUGUUUUUAAGGUAACUAAACGUGAGUGUUCAAAACAAUCCUCCGCGGUCUACAACAGUGUUACCUGCAAACAAUUCUAGUGUAGUUUCUUAAUGCUACUUGAGCGUGAGACUCACUCACCAUCAUCCCUCUACACUCCCAAGUUCUCCACCUUCAGCCAUCCUCACCGAUUACACUUGGUUCUGCACCUUGCUCCUGAUCGAGGCGUUGAUCGAAGGCAAACUCGAGGCCCUUCGCGAAGCCUUGUUUCUAGCGUUUCAAGACCGGGAACAGAGCAAACGGGACCAGAAGUAUAUCACCGAAGUACGCAAAGAAUAUUUCGAAACUGUCAGCGUCAUGAAGGACCAACUGCGCUUCAUGUCUGAAGACACGCAGACGGUGAAAAGUGCGUACGAGAGCGUGGUCGCGCAAUUAUUUGGCGCGGAAGACGUUAGCUUCAUCAACAGCGACUUCUGGAUGAAAUUGUCGCCUGAAGAAUAGGGCAGAAAAACUACAAGUCAGUUGAAUGAGAUCAUCACUUGUGAUAUGAAGUAGAUCAGCUGCGCACUAUCAUUGUUCUCCAAAUAAUAUAAAUGUACUUAGAAGGUACCUACAGCGCGAAACAGAAAAGAACAACAGUUUUAUCUUUGUCCUAGUACAAAGAACGACAUGAUCAGCAUGCUGAUCCUUCUAACUCACCAAGGAGCUUGUCAAGCUGUUUCUUGCAGACAAGGUGAAAACAGCCUUCCAGAGCGGUCGAGCAGCGAUGAAGGGAGUUGUUGCAGACACGAUCCAGAACUUCAUUGCGGUACAGCGUGAAAGAGACACCUUGAUGCGAAAGAUGGAUGCCUUGGCGGCACAGAAGGUACUAACUUUAACUUAUGUACUAGUUGAAGUAAGUUACUCCUACUGUUACCCAUUUACUGUUAAUAGUACCUAUCAUCUUGCAUACUCCUGUUGCUCACACUGUUAUAGAAUUGUAAUGAUGAUGGUCAUUUUUUUAUGCAUAGUCGUCCUUUUUCUGGUUCCUUUGUAGUUCUGUAGCUGCUUAACAAACAUAAUCCUCUACUUAGUCUGAGAACACAACGCUUUACAACAGGAAGAAGCAGAAAACGCGCUGGUCCAGCGUGACAGGCUCAUUACUGCACUCAAGGGCAGUGGCGGGAAUUCCGAAUUCCUAGACCAGAUCCAGGCUCUGCAGGACAAGCUGAAAUACCUCCAAGACUUCUUCCGGACUGUCGAACAAGAAAAAAUUGCACUGGAGAAUAAGUGCAGGUAAUUUACAGACAAGAUGGCUUCGUUGGAAGUUGUUGAUGUUUCUCCGAUAUUUACAUCGAAGAUUCGUCUAUGGCCUUCAUCAUGACCAACAUGUUGAUCGUCUUCGUUUGUCAUCUUCAUACUCAUCGAUUCUCAGACAUCUCAUCUUCAACCGAAAAUCGAGUCUCUACCGUAUCUUCACUCAGAAAACUCGAGGAAGCCGGAGGUGGCGCAAGCUCGGCGAUGGCCGCUUUAAUGCCGGUUGAUGAGCCUGGUGAGAGUGUGGAUGACCUUAAAAAGCAACUUGCCGCAAUGAGGCAACAGAAUGAGCAAUUGACACGUGAGAAACGUGAAGCCGACAAGCAAUUGAAGAUGGCCGAGAAGGAGAUCGAAAGGAUGGGAGAUAUCAGGGUAAAAACUCAAGUAAAUCUUUUUCAACAAGUUUUAGUAGAAGAGCGUCUCUAGUAGAAGAGCGUCUCUAGUAGGAGAGCGUCUCUAGUAGGAGAGCGUCAAGAAGGACUUUGUUUCUUUUCAUCAUCAUCAAUCUCUAUUCGUCUCCGCCACCAUCUUUAUUCGUCUCCAGACCGACGUCGGAGGCAAACGCGGAAGCCAAGGUGGGGACAGUCGUCCUAGCACUCAGGGCAGCGGCAACAAGAGCGGCAGUGGCCGUGGUGACGCUGGUAACAUCGACUUGAAUGCUGAGGAACUCGCCGCCUUGGAGAAAGAGAUGGCCCUGCUGCGUGACCGAUGCGACAAUUUGGAGCAAGACAAUUAAGGCUCCCCCUAAUGAUCCAUCUUCAGAAGAGAGUCCGCUUUUCAAGAAGGGGAAGAAGCACCCUACGUACAGGAAGGAUGCACUAUAAAACAACCGGUUAGUUGUCCCUCUAAUCAUACUUAGGUUUAUCCCUACAUGCAAACUAUAUUGAGACGGAUUAGGGUGAGCUCUAAGACAAUGCACAGCUUGGUGGUGAGAACAUGGAUUUGCGUUCCCAAGUCGACAAGCUGAUGGCUGAAUUAGCCAUUGCCAAGAAGGAAGCCUCGACAGCCAAAAAGGACGCGGCAAAGCUAGAAGCAAAGAUGGGCAAGAUGGAGAGCAGAAUGCAAGAACUGACAGAACAGGCUAGUGCAGCGGGUCUGACCAUUCCGGUUACGGAACUAUCGCCUAGCGCAUCUCCAGCAGCCUCCCCGAGUUCGCGUGCUCGCUCGUCGCCGGAUGACGAUUAUGCGAAUAUUGACCAGUACAGGAUGCCUGUGGACUCGGCGGUACCUAUUUUUGUGAGAAGAAUUGCUAUUGGAUUUUUCCCUAUCAGAGAGAUGAUCGAUCUUCAUUUUGAUAGCAUCGUCACUUCAUAAUCGAAAAGAAUCAAUAAAGUCUCUAUAUCUAUUGCUCCCGUUUUGACUUGAUGAUAAAUACCAAUCACAGUUCAAUCCUCAACUUCAACCUCUACCACUUCUUUUUGCAGGACGGUUCCCGUCUCCCCUCGCGCGAGAAAACGCCCUUUGGUCGAGGAGCGCCAGUUGAGAGCGAAGAAGAGUGGGUCUUUCCGGGUGAAGCGCCGCUCAACGCACGCACAGAGCAAAGAGAAGUUCGUGUCCAGGGCCUUAGUGGUUACCGCAUCAAGGAAUUGGACGAUAAGGUGGCCAAGAUUACUGAAAUUGAGACGGGCAAAGAGUUCCGAGUACAAAGAAAAGUGGUUGAGAAGAGAACGUGGGUGUUCGUGGACACACACCCAGAUGCAGAAGAUUUGCAGGUGUCGAUCAAAAAGAUGCGACCAGGCACUGUGCCGGUGCCGGAGGUAUAGUUUUAUUUGAAAUCUUGACUCUCUCUCACAGUCUCAACCUGAACAUGACAUACAUUCAGGAAGAACCUCUGUAGACCAGAAUUUCCAUUUUUCUAUUCCACGACCCACGUUCUUAUUUCCUCCAAGUGGCCAUAAUUUUCUAACACUCCACAAACCAGGCCAUGAUGCCCAUGAACCCGGAUGGAGAGUUUGAGAUCGCACGACAAGUGGCAGGUGUUCCCUACGUCGUCAGUAAUGCUGGUUCUAAACCAGGCUCGAGAGGUGCCGCCAGUUCACGCAGUGGCCUCAAUGGUGCGAGUGGGUACACCGGUGCUGGUGGCAGGCCGUAUUCUAAGCCAGCUAGUUCUAGAGGCGGUGGCAUCAGCGGUGGAGCAAGCGGUAGUGGUGGUCCUAGUGGCGGAGCUAGUGGCGGUGGCAGUGGCAGCGAUGGAGAACGUGAAUGGGAAUUUAAGGAUUACGGAAACGAUCAGGGUGAAAUCGUCUACGCUGGUAUGGACGAGAAGAAGAGAGGUACAGAAAUCUGGAAGAGUUCUAUGUUGAUUGUUGCAUGUCCUUGGUAUAAGGUAGCGGGACGUGUUCUUCCGCAUCAAAGAAUCUAACACGAUUUUGUAGGAGGCACGCAUGAUAGAGUCAGUACCCGGAAGAUGAUUCUCGUGUUAUUGUGAAGAAGACCGCAUUCUACUUCCUCAUCUGGUUUUGAUUUACCAUAAUUUUGUGAGAAUAUCUCGUCCUGAUCAUCUUUCGCACCAGGUCAAUCGUACAAGAUCCAGAACAAAGUGCAGGAGAAGAAGAACGUCUACGUCCCCAUAGAGGAGAACCCGAUUCUGAACGACGAGGGCGAGCCAAUCGCCAACGAGUUGACCAUCGAGCACGUUCUCAACCCCGAACAGAUGCGGCGAAACGCCGACCGAUUCGAAGUCGUCGGCACUGAAGAGGGCAACACUCGAGUCGUCGUCGAUAAAGAGACCAAGGAACAGUUCGUGAUGCAGAAAGCUACCAGAGUAGAGGUGGACAUGAAAACGCAGCAGAUCAGGCGGCUGGAGAAACUAGUGGCGCAGUUGAGAGCGGAACUAGAGGAAAAGGAAGUGUAUGCGAAAAAAUUGGAAGCAGCUGUGACAGAACUGCAGAGCAAGUUCGCGGACAUGAAACAGGCCUUGGCAAAAGCGGGUGUGAAGAGCAAUUUGAUCGACGCAGCUUUGAAGGAUUCAGUUAUGACGCUUGGUUACUACUGUUUGCGUGCACUACUUGUGUUGAGGAGACGAAGUAAAUCAAAAUUUUUUAGGUUUACGAUCACAAACUAUCUAGAAGCCGUCAGUGUAACUUGAGAACAAAAAUUUGACAAUACAACGGAUAUUUAUUACCAUCUCUACUUACACCCCUCACCCUCUUCUAACCACCGUAUCACGAACCUGCUCUUCGGUGCAAAGAGUAUACGAAAGGUGUACGAGCGGUUAUACCAGGAUGCCCUGGAUCGUAUGAUAAGACAGGAGAACCGUGCAGGAAAGCACUGGAGCGGCCAACAGCGCAGUCUUAUGUCAGUACUGCACACCUCAGGCCAGGACAUGACUGCAGAGGAUCAGAGGAAGAUGUAUCAGGUACUGAAGUGGGGAAUGACGGUGGUUAACAUUUCUUCUGCUACCUACAAACUACUAGUAUUUUUUGUCAUUUACUGGAUAAUUUGAGUUGCUCACCCACUUGUUCAUGAUCUCCUCACUAUUUCCCCCUUUCGAACAGGAAUUCUACAAAGGGUUCGAAACGUUCGAAGCCGCUUUGCAAAAGCGCGUACGAAGCAACGCCAUCAUUCGAAAAGCGUCGCCGAAAUCUAGUCCAAAGAGGUAUAGGAGUCAGGAGGAGAUGAGGAAAAGCCUGAAUUCCUAUGUUGCAAGCAACUUCUAUCAGCCACCGAUGGCUGGAGGUACUAAGUACGUAAUACUGUGAUUGAGGGUUGGCAGACGUAGUAGAGAUAUCGAUCGUGUUUCUGUUUGUUGCAUUGUGAAGAUACUGACCUCUCGUAGACAUACAUCCGGAUGUUUGUUGUUCUUCUAUCCUUAUCUUGCCUCUCGUUUGAUAAUUUCAUUUGUGACCGACGGUCCCUACAAAUGAUGAACUUCAACAGGUCGCAUCAGUCUCGGCCAGUCCUUGCUCUCCACUGAGGACCCCAGCACGACCACGCUGAUGUACACCAAGUCUCAUCUAGCGGAACAGAGUUCCUUUAUCCAGCAGUCUUCUUCUCUGAUGACGAAAGAAAAUAGCUUACGACAAGCCAGUCCACGGCAGCUCCAGACGCCAAACAAGGCGACUGUGAGACCAGAUGGCGCAGUCGCUAGCCAAAGGAGGUUAGUAGAGGAUGGGCAUCUUCUUGCAGCACAGGGUGGAAUAGAGACGCUGAGAAUCGGAGAACCGGGCCCACGAGCCGGCGGAAGGCCAGGGGAUAUGCGAAUUAGAGAUGCAAGGCACUCAAAUAGAUCACCACCGGUAUUGUUUUUGUUUUGUUUUUCAAAGCUGAUUUUCGUAUUGUGAUGAAACUUCACAAAAAUACAACACGGGACAAUGAAAACUUUCAACAUUCACUCUCUGACAUCUUUCAUGAAAGCUCUUUCCUAGUACCUAUCUCAACAGCCUCCCGGUUCCGUCUCCAUGAUGCGAGCACCACUGUAUUACGGGGAUUCCGAGGGUGCCCCAGCUCCUAUAGUCGCUGACCGGACACCAGCGUGGAUGCGACGAGCUAGUCCUCCUCCUAAGAUGGGCAACCUCGACGCAGCAAUGCCCUCAGAAGCUCUAGGACUUGCGGGCACUAGUUUCAGUUUGCUGAAUUCGCCAACGAUUACCUUCUCCGAGCAUUUCACGCACUCAUUAUCGGUGGACAGCAUAGACAGGACUCAGGCAGGCGGAGCGAGCUCGAGUUCAGUCGAGCCGCUACCGCACAAAGCGGGGACAGGAGUGGGAUCGAUGUUGAUUAUGAAACUGAUGCAUUUUUAACAGAAUACAUAGUCUAUUUUAUAUUUUGGCACGCACAACUUCCCCGUGAUGGUACUUCCAACUUCAUGAACUAUAGGCUUAGUAGUACUCUCACCUAUUUUGGCACGAACAACUCAACUCCUCCUGUACGUAGCUCAAGGUUCUACAUCGGGGUGCAUGGUGUCUUCCGAAAUGACCAAUACUUAAAGAUUGGCUACAUCACUCAAGAUUGUAUCCCCCAAACAAGCCAAAACCUCCUCUAACCUUCAAGGCGGACGCAUAGCUCGAGGACUGACUCCAGGGACGACGAUAGGUCGAGAUUCAGCCUUUGCUGGAAGUUCGGGUUUGGCUACGACAGUAGGACAAACAACGAUAACCCAGGAUUCUAUGAGAAUAGGACAUGACACCCUCAAAAGCAAACUGGAAAAUUCGAGUCAACGACUAACGAGAAGCAGGUCGCCGGAUUCGAUGGGACAUGUAUUUUGAAUUUUACCUGUGAGGAUGAGGAAGGAUAGUUCGUCCAAACUUUUCGUCGUGUUUAUCUUUGUUUUCGAGACCCACAGUUGUAUGAAAUGUGAAUUAUACGUCUUCUUCAUCCAAUGAAUUAGAGUGAUUAUGAUCCAACAAUCUGUAGACACUCUCCGCCUCCGCUGGUCCCGGUGAUUUGCAUAUCGGCAAUAUGGUCUCGCCAGAGAAGAAGAAGACUUUGAUUGUCGCACAAUUGCCCUCGCCCAAGCGCAUCAAGUCCGGCCGCACGCAUUCUAGAGGCGGAGAUGGUGUUGACCAACCAGAGGAGAGCAGUACAUCGCAGAUCUUUAGACCCAAUAGCAGUUUAGAAGCUGCAAACUCGUCUACUUCUAUGCACAUCACUAGCUACCACGAGAGCCAGAUGUUGAGCUCGCAGGAACUGACGAUCGACGCAGCGUCGAUCAGACGGACAGCAUCGAAGAUGGAAGAAGCUGAGUUGAGGCAUUCGCAGUCUGUCACACUGCCAAUCCUGGAUACGACGGCGAAUCAACUCACGACGCCCAAGAUCGGCAAUAGUGGUAAACGUUCGCCUAGGGCUCUGCCAGGAAUGGGCCACUCGCAGUUCGUGAAGAAACAACCGCAACAACAGAAAAUGUCGAAUAGGCUGAAAUUUCUGGUCAGCAUGAACAAUCCGAGCGGGAUACAUCCAGAAACACAGGGUUCUGCUAGUAGUGGACAGAAGAACAAGUGACGCUCCGCAGCGACGAUGAGGGUUUUUACUUGUUGUAAGGUGUAGAACUACUUACACAAAAGUGACUGACGUAGUAAGACGACCACGUUGUUACAAGGAGCGUGGCUUCUUUAACAGAACUAGUACUAGUAGAGGUAGUAAUUAUACUUGGACAAACAGACUAGAAUGUCAUCGACAAGCAAUGUACGUGUGAACUAACAAUUACCGUUUCGAGUGAAAAACUAUCUUUUACCCUAGUUGUAUGACACUAAGCUAAGACAUCUAGAAAACUCGUCAUGUUUGACUAAGUCGGGUAAUGACAUCAUACUGUUCAUCGAUGCAGCAACGCGCAUCUCAAAAAUUCGUAUUCAUGAGCAUCAGGAAAUACAAGCAUCAGAAAUUAUUCAAUCUACUAGAGCAACAGGGAAAUUGAAUUACCAUUACAGAUCCCAAACACAAAGAACGCGUGUGUCAUAUUCCAGCAAAGCAGACCAAUCGCUUAGGACUUGUAGUUGAAUUCUUAGAGCGAAAGCAGAGAAAUUUAGAUACCUGAUUCUCAGGACAAAUACCAAUGAUCUCUUGGAACAAUUUUUGCAUUUCUGACAUUAUGUACAGGAUGAUUAAUAUUGUGUAUUCAGGUAUAAAAGGUAUACUAUUUGUUUAAACUACAUGGGAACUAGAGCAGACAUUUAUCUUCGUAGAAUAGGAUUGGUUUUGGAUCUUAUAUGAUGUGUAACAACUACUGAUCAUCAGAUUUGCUGUUGAUGGAGAUGAUUCUGACACAGAAUUAGCAUCUAAUUUCAGAACAGUAUGUUCAUAUUGGUCCAUCCCGAACCAUGUGCUCAAUAUCAUAGUGCGUCGAUGUAAAAAACAUCGUCACAUAUUAACGUACCAUUCUGACUGGUAUUAAUCGCUAGUAGUAUGUCAUACUGAAUCCAUAGGAGCAUGGUGCACAGGCUUGAACUCAAGCGUUAUGAUAUCAUCGGUAGAUGUAGGCCGAGUCUAUCUCUCUCUAAAAAAUUGUAGAUCAUUGCUUGUUGCACUACAUCUUUCUUCAUCUCCGUUAAUAUAUGUAGUGAAGUACCACAGAACUAUCAUGGAAAAAUAAUGUCAUCAAAUUUAGUCUAGUCUUCGUAUGAAUAAAAUAUCUCCAUGUUUUGUAACCGGAAAUCGAAUACCCAUACGUUGUUCCAAGCGAUCUCCAUCCAAAACGCAUGCUGUCAUGGUAGUCAAACUGAAAGUCAAGAAAAUCAAGGAUGAUAUCGCUAACGAAGUGAUGAACGCUAAAAACGGAUAUGCGAAAAAAUACAACUGCACGCGCAUUUCAGGAAAUUAUAAUCCCCACGAAGAACUCAAGAAUUUAAGAAAAGAAAAACAUCAUGGUAU